AUGAGCAGCAAGUCUAUCAAAUCCCCGAAAAGGAGUGGGUUCCUAACUAAACUAAUUGGCAAAAAGGGCAGUCGAAGUCGAAGUUCUUCAUUAGUUCAGUCUUCAGACACUUCCAAUGGAUCGCUAUCCCCAGCAAAGGGCAAUGGGCUCCACAAGAUCCCAUCUUCCGACUCUGGCGCGGCGGUGGGCCGCCGCGGCAGGGAUCCUUCAGUGGGGUUGGCCGGAGAUAACGACUCGUUCUUGUACGACGACGACGAAGAUGCUUCCGAAGGCUAUGAGUCGGAUUUCUCUCUGAGCAACUCCUUGGGCAGAAUAGCUUCGACGUCAACUAGAAAAGGGCGAGCUCGUGCCGGCACUUUUGACAAUCACCGAGCCGAUGAAAAAGUGGUGUUUCCGAGAGCUGACGAGAAUAUGUUGAACUCGGAUUUGGACACCUUGCAUUUAGGUGAUGAUCAGGACCCGCCGUGGGUGGGAUUGACUUAUGAGUCGUUCUUAACUCCGAAAUACAUCAAAUUGUCCAAACGCAACAAGCAGAGUCCCAAGGUUAUCAACAAUCUAUUUUUAGCACAGGAGUUGAAUGUCGAUAAUGGAGACGGAAAAAGGUCGGUUCGAAGCAGCGUUGAAGAGCUCGAGAGGGGGUCGUAUGAGGCCGAUAACGCUGGUUUUGAAGAUACUUCAACUAUCGGCAUGACCAAGGAAAUAUUUGUCAUGAAGUUUAGCAGAGACGGGAAAUAUUUAGCGGCGGCGGGUCGAGACGCGGUUAUCCGGAUCUGGAAAGUGAUUUCUUCGCCGUUGGGCAGACUCGAGUAUAAUCAGCAGGAAAAGGAAGCAGGUACGCCUGAGAGAAGUAGUAAAAGUGACACUGUGUUUGACUCGGCGCCGGUUUUCCAUCGCACGCCAAUUGAGCUUCGUGGCCAUAGCAGGAGCAUAUUGUCGCUUGCAUGGAGCAAGAACAAUUUCCUCAUCUCAGGCAGUAUGGACAAGACGGCCAAAUUAUGGCACGUGGAUAGACCAGAUUGCUUGCAAACUUUCCAGCACGAGGAUUUCGUCACUGCUGUGGAAUUCCACCCCUUGGAUGAUCGGUUCUUCUUGAGUGGCUCCUUGGAUAACGAAGUUCGUCUUUGGUCGGUGUUGGAAAAGUCCGUAUCCUACUGGCGCAACUUGGGGGAAGACGUUCUUAUAACGGCGUUGAGUUUCACUCCCGAUGGACUCUACUGCGUUGUUGGAGGCUUCAAUGGCUCUCUUUUUGUAUUGGAGACAAAGGGGCUCCAUAUAGUCAACCGAGUCGAGAUCAAGCAACGUUCGCUCGUGCCUCGAUUCCAUGACCGAAGCGGCAACAAGAUCACGGGGAUUGAAGUGUUUGAAAAUCCCGCGCACGGCAUCUCAGACCAGCCGGGUCCCAACCUCGAUAAAUGGACUGUUUUGAUCACCACCAACGACUCGAAAGUUCGAAUGGUGAGCACCGACAGAAAGAAGCUCAUUACUCGAUUCAAGGGCUAUGUCAAUAACUCAUCUUCGAUCGCGGCAGCGAUCAACUAUGACCACAAGUACGUCAUUGCGGGAUCCGAAGAUCACUAUUGUUAUGUCUGGGAGAACAACAACAGCAUCAUCAAUAACAAGCUCAGGCAGUCCGUGAAGGAAUUUGUUGUUGACGGAAAGCAGCACAUGAAUGAUUUCAGCAGCAAGCACGAAAAAUACUCCAAGUUGUUCCAAGCUAAUAAAUUUCUUCUGAAGUUGUUUGACACAGAGGAUGAUCUGAAGCAUGAUUUCAUCGCGAAUGAAAACAAUAGCUACACGGCGUUCCACGCCCACCAUUCCAAGUGCAAUGUCGGUAUCUUUGCUCCACAAUCGACCAUGAACUUAUUAGCAUUAUCUGACGAUCUAAUUUACGACUUGAAAAAGCGGGGUGAAGCCUGCAAGAUGGAUCCGACAAAAUGCUGCUGCUCUAGCAGUAGAGAUAACCACCAUCACCACAACAACAACAGCUGCAGCAACCAUACUCACGAAAAUGAAGUCACUAAUGGUGACAUCAUUGUCACCACUGACCAGUAUGGACUAGUCAGAGUUUUCAGACAGGACUGCGCCAGUCCCUACAGGAAACAAUUUAUCGAGUUCUACAAGAAAUGCCGCAACCAAGCUGGCGACACUUUGUCCCCAUCAGACACAGUUAGAACCAACACCCGUACACUUAGAAGAGGCGCAUCGGUGCAGGACCGCCAGAGCCCAACUCGCGGCGACUCUGGACGACGGAUCAAAGAUGUCUUGUCUUCCCAAAUUGGUGGCCAUGGUCAAGCGAACGGCGUUGCUCUUGGUUCGCGCCCUAUUGAGAGGUCGCUCUCUCCGCAAUCAUCAAAGUUUAGUCUGAUCCCAGCGAGCUCCACGUUAGCCUCGAGCCAAAACUACACUUAUGGUUCGGGAAAGUCGAAUAUUUUUGACCAGCCAGUGAUUCAAAUCAACGACGAGGAUGAAGCAGAUCACCUUCAGCAUCAUCAACACCAACACCAGCACCAUCAGAGUCUAAAUCAUCAGAAUCUAUACUUUCAGAAUCAGAAUCAAGGUCAAGGUCAGGGUAAAAUCUAUAGAAACCGGAAUUCGAGUGAGACCACCUUGAAUGCCGUGCCUAAUGAACACGCAAAAACAAUCGAUUCUAGACAGGAAACAUUCCCCAUCAUGGAUAAUCCGAACUCAAUACCCAAACAGAAUGUACCGCAGAUUGUAUUACCUAGUGAGGAACAACCUGGAGCUGUCGAUUCACCACCGGCUCAAAACAACGGCGCAUCUUCUUUGCCGCACGCAAUCCAAACUACUCAUAGCAAUGGCUCCCACUCGCGACUUGGCCAAGUGCCAAUACACCCAAGUCAUUGA